AUGGAGGGGUGUGUGUCUAACCUAAUGGUCUGCAACCUGGCCUACAGCGGGAAGCUGGAGGAGCUGAGGGAGAGCGUCCUGGCCGAUAAAUCCCUGGCUACCAGAACUGACCAAGACAGCAGAACCGCAUUGCACUGGGCAUGCUCAGCUGGACAUACAGAAAUUGUUGAAUUCUUGCUGCAACUUGGAGUGCCAGUGAAUGAUAAAGACAAUGCAGGUUGGUGUCCUCUUCACAUCGCUGCUUCUGCUGGCCGGGAUGAGAUUCUAAAAGCCCUUCUGGGGAAGGGUGCUCAAGUGAAUGCUGUCAAUCAAAAUGGCUACACUCCCCUACAUUACACAGCUUCCAAAAAUAGGCAAGAGAUUGCUGUCAUGCUACUGGAAGGCAGUGCUAAUCCAGAUGCUAAGGACCAUUACGAGGCUACAUUAAUGCACCAAGCAGCAGCCAAGGGUAACUUGAAGAUGAUUCAUAUCCUUCUGUAGUACAAAGUAUCCACAAACAUCCAAGACACUGAGGGUAACACUUCUCUACACUUAGCCUGUGAUGAGGAGAGAGUGGAAGAGGCAAAACUGCUGGUGUCCCAAGGAAUAAGUAUUUACAUAGAAAAUAAAGAAGAAAGACACCCCUGCAAGUGGCCAGCAGUGGCCUGGGUUUAAUCCUCAAGAGAAUGGUAGAAGAUUAAACAGCUUGAGUUUAUCCUUACUUUAUGUUUUCUCUGUUGUCCCUAAUGUCCUGGAAGCUGAUAUACUUGUGCACCAGGUACCCUCUAUGAAUCGUGACUUUUUUCACCUUCAAAGUCUUACAAACAUGUUGCCUAAUAUUCCUGCUGAGGUACGUGUUGUAAAUUUACAA